CUGGAAGAGGAAGUUGAGUUGAAUGAAGAAGCCGAGCUGGAAGAGGAAGUUGAGUUGAAUGAAGAAGCCGAGCUGGAAGAGGAAGUUGAGUUGAAUGAAGAAGCCAAGCUGGAAGAGGAAGUAGAGUUGAAAGAAGAAACAGAGCUGGAAGAAGAAGUGGAGUCGGAAGAGGAGGUAGAGCUAACAGAGGAAGGUUAUAAAAAAAAGCAAGUAGAUUUGGUUCUAAAGCAUGACGCAUUAGAUAAUGGGGUCAAAAAAAAUAAUCCGCAACAAUCCGUCUUCAUGCUAAAAUCUAUUGCGAAUCCGAAAAGCGUAGAGACCAUGAAAGACUACAUAAAUGAACCAGUUCAACAUAAAAUGGAAGAGGCUUCCGGUGCUAACAUGGAAGAAUGUGUUCCUAAGGGUAUCCACGUAAAUUCCACAGACUCUCAAGAGGUUUCAUCACAGUCUUAUGUUGACGCCACAUAUUCUCGAGAGGUUUUACCAGAACCCAACACGAGCACCACAACUUCUCAUGAGGGUUCGUCGAACGUGACAAAUUUCUUAAAAUCGGCUCCCGACUCAAACGUCGAUUUCGAAGCACAAGAAACAUCGCAAACACUCACAUCAGCUAAAUCUUUGGACUCACCACUGUUGGAACACGAAUCUUCGUUAAUAAAUAAUCAGGAUUCUACCAUUGACGAAGAAUCAGAUACAGACGAUCCAACAUUAGAUAGGAUGGUUAACCUGUUGAAUUCGAUGAUCACCGAGGCUAAAGAGUCCGUGGAAACGCCUGUCAGAGGACGUGAGAAAAAUCUAUAUAAGCAAUUUGACCAGAAUAAAGUAGCUGAUAUCGAUUUUUCACAAAUUAAUGCCGCCCUUGAUGAAUAUGAAGAAAGUUAUUACGAUGAUGAUGAAGAAAAAUUUAAUAAGAGUUUAACGGAGUUUACCACUUUCGUUGACGAAAUGACAAUGACGGAUGACACAGUUAACGAGACAAUGCACAAUGAUCACUGGGAUCCGGACGAGGGACCUUUGCGGUGUCAGAAUGAACAAAUCGAGGACCUUGAUUAUUUUUCACAACAAUGUCGUUUCCUAACUCGUGCCCUGAUUAUUCCAUUUUUAAAGUUCACACACACCUUUAUGUCUGCAUCUUUCCGAAAAGAAGAAAUUGGCACAAUCCGAUCUCUUGUGUACAUCAUUUAUUGGACUUUUUUGUUUACACUUGGUGUAUUGGUAUUAGAUUCAUGGUUAUGUGAAAUUGCCGGAAGACAAGUAAUUCGUCUGCUAAUAAGAUUGGGGCAACUAUCAUUCCAAAACCGACAUUCGUACGACGUUAUUUCCAAAGCCGCAAUUUACCCUACACCAGGUCUUCCAGCAGAAUAUAGGAAAAACAUGGCUGGGUUCAAUGAAUUUGGAUCAUCUAAUUCGUUUUAUGAUCAAAUUGACUCCGAGGUCUCUAUUUUUGACAGUCAUCAUUACCAACUUCGAAUAAUGACAUCGAAUAGUGGAAAUCAUCAAAUCGAUGCUUUAAUCAAAGAAACCCAUGAGAAUUCCAACUCCUUACAAAAUAUUCUCGAAUGGAUGCCAUUCCAGUUCUUCAGAAACAUUGAGUUCUUGGCGCAAGGAGGAUUCGCGAGAAUCGCUUUGGCCUCAUAUGAUGACCAUUAUGAGAAAUCUGCGAAAAAGAGAGUUUUACCCGAAAAGAUCGUAUUGAAAUUUGUGAGAAAUUCUUGCGAGGUCGAUAAGCGAUUAAUCGAUGAAGUAAGAAUGCAUCAUAAAUGCAUGUUGUAUUCUCCCAACAUCAUACCUUUCUAUGGUUUAACUCAAGAUCCUAAUUCCUUGGAUUAUGCAAUGGUAAUUAAACAUGCAACACACGGUGACCUACGGGACUUUCUCCAUGAUCGGUUUAUCACUCAAACUUGGAAAGAAAAAAUUAAGAUUCUACUUGAUCUUGCACAUACAUUACGAUCAAUUCAUCAACUCAACUUGAUUCACAGAGACUUUCAUUGUAAAAAUAUCCUUGUAGACGAUGAAACUUGUUCGGUAUUUGUUAGCGACUUUGGAUUGUGUACCGAUGUUAAGAGUUCAGCUGGUGAUGAGUCAUUUUUGUUCAUUUCUUCACAAUCAAUGCCAAUUAUUCUGAAUGUGAGCAUCAUUGAGAUGGUGAUGAAGAUUUGCGAGAACUGGGAUGCAACAAGGAUGGGGGGCAUGAGUUGGUUUUUGAUGCAAGAAUCGAAAAGUGUGGUCGCCGAAGAAAUGUCCGAGACUUUCCCAGACGAUAGAACAAAAAAGCAAGAAUCACAACCAGUGACGGGGCCCGAUCUUAAACCUUCGUAUAAACAAGCUGAUGAUGCUAAUUCAUCAAUAGAUUUGAUAGAUAAUGAAGUCGCAAACUAUCCAUCAAUGCCACCAUCCCCUCAAUCACUACCCGACUCACCAUCCCCUGGUUCAGUAAGUAAACCACUGCAGAAGCCACAUCAGUUAAAACCUCUGCUAAGACGGCAAAGGCAAUCAUCAUCACAUAAUGAUGCAAUUAGUCCACUUGUUGAAGUAAAGAAAUUAGAAGAAGCACCAACUUCACCACAACGACCAAGCGGACCAAAACGCAAAGGUAGAAGAAAUGUAGAGAUCAAGCAUAAGGCUUUAUUUAUACUGUUAUUGAUUAUGCUUCUAAAAUACUAUGUUCUGGAUAAUCGAAACUUUAUAGAUGCAAGAUACAAAACUCAAGUUUACCAAUUUACCAUUAAUGAUAUUUUGAACAACUUGGAUAUUCAAUAG